GUUGGUUCAGUCACGACCAGAGGUCAGUGCGCAUGCGUGGUGCGGAGUGUGGAGAGUUGCCGGGUGUCCCGGGUGUUGGCGGACGGGAAUAACACGUUACCGGCUGAUUCCUUAAGAUGAAGUUAUGUUUAUGAUGGAUCAUGACAUUCCUACAAUAAGACCUAGGAGAAUCCAGAACCAAAAUGUAAUUCACCGUCUGGAACGCAGGAAAAUCAGUUCUGGGAAGCCGGGGUCCCAUUGGCACCAAGUUCGUAUUUUCCACCAGAACGUCUUUCCCAACUUUACGGUCGUCAAUGUGGAAAAACCACCUUGUUUCCUUCGCAAAUUCUCCCCCGAUGGCAGAUAUUUCAUUGCGUUUUCUUCAGACCAGACCUCCUUAGAGAUCUACGAGUACCAAGGCUGCCAGGCAGCAGAAGAUCUUCUCAACGGGUAUGAAGGAGAAAUUUUGGCAAAUUCUAAUGACCAGAGGUCAGUGAACAUUAGGGGACGCUUGUUUGAGCGGUUCUUUGUACUUCUCCAUAUCACGAACGUGGCUUCUAAUGGGGAGCAUUUGAAUCGCGAAUGCAGUUUAUUUACGGACGACUGUCGCUAUGUCAUUGUGGGAUCGGCAGCCUAUCUUCCUGAAGAACCCUAUCCACCUUUUUAUGAAAUCUACCGCAACAGCGAGUCGGUCACUCCCAAUCCUAGAUCCCCACUGGAGGACUAUUCUCUUCAUAUAAUAGACCUUCAUACCGGCAAACUUUGCGACUCAAGGACCUUUAAAUGUGAUAAAAUCAUUCUGUCGCACAAUCAAGGCCUCUAUUUGUACAAAAACAUAUUGGCAAUCUUGUCUGUGCAACAGCAAACAAUUCAUGUUUUUCAGGUGACCCCGGAGGGGACUUUCAUUGAUGUGCGCACAAUAGGUCGCUUCUGCUAUGAGGAUGACCUUUUAAUAUUGUCAGCCGUUUACCCCGAAGUGCAACGCGAAACUCAAACCGGAAUGGCAAACUUGUACAAAGAGCCGUUUAUUAACUCAUUGAAGCACAGACUGCUGGUGUAUUUGUGGAGGAGAGCGGAACAAGAUGGCAGCGCUAUAGCCAAAAGACGUUUCUUCCAGUACUUCGAUCAGUUGCGGCAGCUCCGUAUGUGGAAAAUGCAGCUACUGGACGAAAGUCAUUUGUUUAUCAAAUAUACUAGUGAAGACGUGGUCACGCUGAGAGUCAACGACCCAUCACAGGUACAGCCUUCGUUCUUUGUGGUGUACAACAUGGUAACAACAGAAGUCAUCGCUGUUUUUGAAAACACAUCAAAUGAGCUUUUAGAACUAUUUGAAAACUUCUGCGACCUGUUCAGGAACGCAACUCUGCACAGCGAGGCUGUUCAGUUCCCCUGCUCUGCAUCCAGCAACAACUUUGCCAGGCAGAUACAACGGAGGUUUAAAGACACGAUUGUGAAUGCCAAGUAUGGAGGCCACACAGAAGCAGUGAGGAGGCUUCUCAGUCAGCUUCCUAUCAGCGCCCAGUCAUACAGUGGAAGCCCUUACCUUGACCUUUCUCUCUUCAGCUAUGACGAUAAGUGGGUCUCUGUUAUGGAGCGGCCUAAAACAUGCGGCGAUCACCCAAUAAGGUUUUAUGCCAGAGAUUCUGGACUUCUAAAGUUUAAAAUCCAGGCUGGCCUCCUUGGACGACCCAUCAACCACACAGUGCGCAGGCUUGUGGCUUUUACCUUUCAUCCCUUUGAACCAUUUGCAAUUUCUGUACAGAGGACUAAUGCUGAAUAUGUAGUGAACUUUCACAUGAGACAUAUAUGUACAUAGCAGAAGUACGGACUUUAAAGCCUUUUUGCCUUAACUCUA